AAAGCAUCCAGUACCCAUGAUGCCUUGUGGUUCAUUUUGUAACCUGCUCAUUGCGACCAACAAACCCCAAUCGCCAGGCUUGACCCAAACAUAGUCUCUGAGUGCAUUUGGUCGGAGGCGCUGCACCGGCCAGCUCUCUGCUGCCAUGCCUGGAACAAACCAUUCCGCCGCCUUUCCGGGGGGGUGGUCGCGGUGUGAAGAACUACAGGAAACGCAGAGGGGUGUGUGUGUUUCCCUUCCAGAACCAGUGAUGGCUGACCCACUGCCUCCACACCAGACUGAAGCUCUGCUGAAGAAGUUCCCACAAGGAAGCCUCCCCAGUGGGAAGGAGGCGACCAAGGACGGCCUGCAUGCCAGAGGCCAGUGGGCCAGCAAGGCCGAGUUCCUCCUGGCCGUGGCUGGGCAGAUCAUCGGCCUGGGAAACGUCUGGAGGUUCCCCUACCUCUGCUACAAAAACGGAGGAGGUGUGUUCUUUGUUCCCUACCUGCUGUUCCUGGUGUUGUGUGGCAUCCCCCUGUUCCUCCUGGAGACCUCGCUGGGACAGUACACCAGCCUGGGAGGGGUCAGCGCCUGGAGGACUAUUUGCCCUUUAUUCGGAGGACUCGGCUAUGCCAGCCAGGUGAUGAUCCUGCACGGUUGUGUGUACUACAUCAUCAUCCUGGCCUGGGCUCUCUUCUACCUGUUCUACAGCUUCCAGGCGGAGCUGCCCUGGUCGCACUGUAACAACACGUGGAACACCGCGGCUUGUGUCUUGUUCAACCAACACAAUCAGACGGUUAAUGCAAGCGGCAUGCCUGAGAACGCCACCUCUCCGGUUAUGGAGUUUUGGGAACGGGAGGUUCUCCGCCUGUCCAGCAGUUUGGACGAACUGGGUCCAGUCAACUGGAAGCUGGCGCUGUGUCUGGCCGUCGUCUGGCUCAUCUGCUACUUCUGUGUCUGGAAGGGAGUCAAGUCCACCGGAAAGGUGGUGUACCUGACGGCCACAUUCCCAUAUGUCAUGCUGUUUGUGCUGCUGGUGCGAGGUGCCACUCUGCCGGGAGCGAUGCAGGGCAUCAUCUACUACCUCAAACCCAACCACACCCGCCUGGCAGACCCACAGGUAUGGAUGGAUGCAGGUACCCAGAUAUUUUUCUCUUAUGGAAUCUGCUUGGGAAGUCUCACAGUGCUGGGCAGUUACAACAAAUACAACAAUGACUGCUAUAAGGAUUCUUUCAUGCUGUGCCUUCUGAACAGCUGCACCAGUUUCCUGGCAGGUUUCGCCAUCUUCUCGGUGCUGGGCUUCAUGGCUGAGGAGCAGGGCGUGGACAUAUCCGCCGUGGCCCAAUCAGGACCUGGUCUUGCUUUCAUCGCCUACCCAAGAGCUGUAUCCAUGAUGCCUCUGCCCCAGCUCUGGGCCGUCUGCUUCUUCCUCAUGAUCAUCAUGCUGGGGCUGGACACGCAGUUUGUGAGCCUGGAGGCCCUGAUGACGUCGGUGGCCGACCUGUACCCUCACGUGAUCCGCCGAGGCCACCGCCGAGAGCUGCUGCUGCUGGUCGUCUGCAUCGUCUGCUUCCUGGUCGGGCUGGUCAUGGUCACGCCGGGUGGUCUCUAUGUGUUCCAGAUCUACGACCAUUUCUCCUGCAGUGGAGCCAGUCUGCUGCUUCUCUCCAUCUUCCAGUCUCUGGCCAUCGGCUGGGUCUACGGAGCCGAGCGCUUCUGCGCCAACAUCAGGGAUAUGACGGGCUACAACCCCUCGCCUGCCUUCAAGCUGUGCUGGAAAUACUUGACCCCGGCUGUGUGCACUGCCACCUUUGUGUUUUCCCUGGUGCGUUGGUCUCCGCUAAAACUGGUUAAAGGGCUGGUCGCUCCUGCUUGGGCCACCAUAAUGGGGUGGCUUCUUACCCUCUCGUCCGUCUCCCUGCUUCCUAUCUGGGCCAUCUACGCCCUCGUCACCACCCCGGGGACCCUGCCACAGCGCUUCCAUCGUCUCUGCAGCCCCACCAAACCCUCAUCCCUGGCCUUCCACCCGUUCUCCGCCAACGGCUCGGCGCUCGCCUACAGCCCCACGCUGCCUCUCACUGAGAAACCAAAGGAGACGUUCACAGGGAUCACGCAGGACCAGAAGACCUGAUAACGGUCGACGUCGGCCCAACGCCAGACGCCGCUCAGCCAGUCAGGUGUGCCGAACUGGAGCUUUAACGCAGCUGGAUCCCGAUAGAAGAGCUGGAUGACUGAGAGACUUCAUUUACAGACUGAAUGUGUUCCGGUUUUACAUCAGAGGAUUUUAAAGUGUGUUUGAACUUGGAGGGCUCCACCACUGUAUUCUCUGCAUCCCACAAGCCACGGCAUGCAGGUGUACAUUUAAAGCUGGGGUAGGCAGCAUUAUGUUUGUUUGUUUUUUUAGUAUCUUCGGGUAGAAAUGUAUAUAAUCUUUAAAGCAUUUUGUAAUUCAUUUGUUCUCGAAGGAAACUAAACUUCUGCAUAUCCUUUUGGCUCUGUUUUCAGGGCAGGUAAGAACCACAAAGUCUACAACAAAAGGAAGAGGGGGCGGUGGUACAUUGGGUUAGAUGGAGGAUUUUUGGGUGAAGCUACAAAUGAUGGUUGUAUAUUUUCAAAUUCUAACUUUUUGUUUGUUUUUAUCCAAUAUUUCUGCCUACCUCAGUUUUAAUGGAGCAUUCAGGUGACCAGAUAUUUACAUUUCAGACACAUGAAUGCGAGAUUUUGUCGGAAGUUGCAGAAAAAAUACGUUUACAAUCCACCAAGUAUGUCUGGCAGCACAUGACGGAACAUCAUGUUUGAUAUCUGACAGCACUUGUGUGGCUCAGGUUUGCUGUUUCGAGGCUUCUACAGAAGGUCCAGCCCUGAACAGGGACACAGUUUGCGUAACCUUUAAGAGCAGCUCCACGCCUCGUUCCCGGCCACCAGAGUUGGUUCUUGUAAAACAGCACACACUCCUGGAUCUUAAGUGUUGUAUUUCCUUAAUUAGCGACUCUCUAGCUUCAUUUUUAUUUACAGUUACUGUAGAUGAGGACCAUGUAAUCGCAACCCCGAGAGCUUUUCAGUGCAACUAAAUAGAGAUGCAGAUGUUCCUUUUUUUUGCCAGCGUUACACAGUUAUCAUUACUUUUUAUCCUCUCUAUGAGAGCUUGAGAGAUCGCCGCUUGUGCUAACAUGUCUGCUUAGGUUUUGACUCUCCGGGGAAUAUGUCUUGAUUUGUUUUGGGUGAAGGUAUCAUUAAGAAAUGACUCCAUGAGUCAGACAUGAAUUGUACAGUGAUUUAUCAGGAUAUUUUUGGUUUUUUUUAUAUGCGCUUCACCCUCUCAUGGAGUUAAAUGGUUCAAAACACACCUUCGACCAAGUUGAGCUGAUGCAAGAGUUGUGUUAGCCGUUCUUUACUGCCGAUUUACAAAGUGCUAAUUUGAUAUAUUAGCACUUUAUUGCAACAAAACAACUGACAAGUAAUCUAUUUUCAUCCAUUACAUAUAUUUGUUGUUUUCAAAAAGUCAGCAGCAAAGUUUGCAAUUUUUUUUUCUAAGUUGUUUGAACUGUACAUGUCACGCGCAGUUUAUACAGAAAGCAUUAUUAGCACAUAUUUGCACUGUAACAAAAGUCACUUAUCAAGCUGGGAACCAUGCAAUCAUAGUGUCUAAAUCAGACCUCCACUUUUUUUUUUUAAGUUUGUGUACCAAAUGUUUAAGUUAAAAUGUUUUUUUUAAAUAACUCCACCACUCCAUUCUGAUUCUUUUUGCAGAGAGCUUUAACUGUAACUGUUUGAAUGGUAACAUGCGGUAGAGGUGUAAUGUAGGGACGUUUAUAUUAUUAGAAGAAGAGUCGCAUGGAAACACGGUCUCAUGUUUGUUUUCUUUAUUAACCCCUGACAACAUGUACAUCUGUCUGGAAAAAGGUAUUUCAUAAUCAGCUCUCGCCCCCUUUAACUAAAACAACUCAUAACAUCAUAUUAGAGCAGAGUGUGCAGGCAAGACCAUGCUUUAAUAAUUUACUUUACCACCUACUUGCCUUUUUUUUAUCAUCAUGACAUCUUUUUUCUUUUUUUUCAGUGUCUCAGUGGGGUUUUUGGUUGCGAUGUGAAAUCAACUUACUGUACUGUAAGUGUGGGACAGAAUGUACCUUUCAUUUCUUGAGCAAAGUGUUCGAUAACGAUUUAAUCAGUUCCUUAUGCAAACUUGAAACUGCUGUCAUUCAGACCUGGAUCAGUGUGUUUGAUUGAAAUCCUUUUUCAAAACGUUCCUCAGAGAUUAAUUUAACAAGAAGAAUCCAUCUGGUGUCUUUUAAAAGGCUUUCAUUGACUUCACACUGAUCCAUGUGGGUCAUCUCUGUUUACAGGUGUGCCUCUUUAUUUUAAAAUGGGCUUUUUUUUGUAUGUGUACCAUUUAUUUUCUUUUCUAAAAUGAAUACAUCUUUCUCUCUCUCUCUAUAUAUAUAUAUCUGUAUAUAUAUA